AUGCAUCGUGCAAGGAUUGUCCUACAAGCCUCAAACAAAGUUGGCAACUGUGAGAGAUUUGCAUCAUGGCUUUUAAACAAAUCCCAGACUGCCGCUGUGACAGUAAAUGCCCAAAGGCUGAAGAGUUCUACAGCAGCAGAACCCUUCCUCAAUGGCUCCAGUUCUGCCUAUGUGGAGACAAUGUACAAUGCCUGGCUAUCAGACCCAAACUCUGUUCAUGCGUCGUGGGACGCAUUCUUCCGCAAUGCGACAAACGGUGCACAACCCGGCCUUGCCUACACUCCGCCACCCAAUUUGGCGCCUUUUUCUAAAAAUGAGGUGCCACUUUCGUCGCUUGUGCCUGCUUCUGCUGGAAUGCCUUCGAUUGCUUCAGGUUCUCCAAUCAACGAGAAGAUCAUCGACGAUCACCUGGCAGUGCAGGCUAUCAUCAGGAGCUACCAGGCUCGCGGUCACUUGGCGGCCGACGUGGACCCGCUCGGCAUCACCACGGCCGAGCUGCCCGCACUGGGCAUGCGCGCGCUCGGCUCCGAGCUCAUCAUGAGGAAAUAUUUCAACUUCGAUGAAGCCGACAUGGACAGAGUUUUCAAACUCCCUUCGACGACUUUUAUUGGAGAAAAAGAAAAAGCAUUACCGUUAAGGGAAAUCUUGAACCGUCUCGAGCAAGCAUACUGCAACAACAUCGGCAUAGAGUUCAUGUUCAUUAACUCACUAGAGCAGUGUAAUUGGAUCAGACAGCGAAUGGAGCCGCCCAACGUGACCAAGAUGAGCCCCGACCAGAAGAGGCUCGUCCUCGCCCGCCUUACCAGAUCUACUGGAUUUGAGAACUUCUUGGCGAAAAAAUGGUCAUCAGAAAAACGUUUCGGCUUGGAAGGAUGCGAGAUACUCAUCCCCGCAAUGAAGCAAGUUAUUGACGUCUCUACAAAACUCGGCGUGGAAUCCAUCAUCAUGGGCAUGCCCCACAGAGGUCGUCUCAACGUGUUGGCAAAUGUUUGUCGCAAACCUCUCCAUCAGUUGUUCACACAGUUUGCUGGUCUUGAAGCGGAGGAUGAUGGCUCCGGUGAUGUAAAAUACCAUUUGGGAACGUACAUCGAGCGUUUGAACCGUGUCACGAACAAGAACAUCCGAAUGGCCGUCUGCGCUAAUCCUUCUCAUUUGGAAGCCGUCGAUCCCGUCGUGCAGGGUAAGACCCGAGCUGAGCAGUUCUACAGAGGAGACAAUGAAGGCAAAAAGGUUAUGUCGAUCCUGCUCCACGGUGAUGCGGCGUUUGCUGGUCAGGGCGUAGUGUUCGAGACAAUGCACUUGUCGGACCUGCCGGCCUACACGACGCACGGCACCGUACACAUCGUCGUCAACAACCAGAUCGGCUUCACCACCGACCCGCGCCACUCGCGCUCCUCCGCCUACUGCACAGACGUGGCCCGCGUGGUGAACGCGCCGAUCUUCCACGUGAACAGCGACAACCCGGAGGCCGUGAUGCACGUGUGCAACGUGGCGGCCGAGUGGCGCGCCACCUUCCACAAGGACGUCGUCAUCGACAUCGUCAGCUACCGCCGCAACGGACACAACGAGGUCGACGAGCCCAUGUUCACGCAGCCGCUCAUGUACCAGAAGAUCAGGAAGACUAAGCCUGUGUUGGAAAAAUACGCCGAUCAACUGAUUGCUGAAGGUGUUGUCACUGCCGAAGAAGUGAAAGAUGUUAAGGACAAGUAUGAAAAGAUCUGUGAGGAUGCUUACAAUCAGGCCAAACAAGAGACUCAUAUUAAAUACAAAGACUGGCUUGACUCGCCUUGGUCUGGCUUCUUUGAGGGCAAAGACCCAUUGAAGAUGUCUCCAACUGGAGUUGUCGAGGAAACUCUCGUCCACAUUGGCAAACGUUUCUCAUCUCCUCCACCCAAUGCUGCCGAAUUCGAGAUCCACAAGGGUCUGCUUCGUAUUCUUAAAUCUCGUAUGGAAAUGGUGGAAAAUCGCACUGUUGACUGGGCUUUGGCUGAAGCUAUGGCGUUUGGAUCAUUAUUAAAAGAAGGCAUUCAUGUUCGCCUGUCUGGAGAGGAUGUUGAGAGAGGCACAUUUUCACAUAGGCAUCAUGUGCUUCACCACCAGAAGGUAGACAAAGCUACUUACUGUCCACUUGCCCAUCUUUAUCCGGAUCAAGCUCCCUACACUGUUUGUAACAGCUCCUUGUCUGAAUAUGGUGUACUUGGCUUUGAAGUAGGCUAUUCAGUUACAAACCCGAACGCGUUAGUGCUAUGGGAGGCGCAAUUCGGUGAUUUCAACAACGUAGCGCAGUGUAUUAUCGACCAGUUUAUCUCCAGCGGACAGGCCAAGUGGGUGCGCCAGUCUGGCAUUGUGCUGCUUCAGCCUCAUGGCAUGGAGGGCAUGGGACCAGAGCACUCUUCAGCCCGCUUGGAACGUUUCCUGCAGAUGAGUUCUGAUGACCCUGACUACAUGCCCCCAGAAAGCCCAGACUAUGAAGUGCGGCAGCUGCACGACAGCAACUGGAUCGUGGCGAACUGCUCGACGCCGGCGUCGUACUUCCACAUCCUGCGGCGCCAGAUCGCGCUGCCCUUCCGCAAGCCGCUCAUCCUCAUGACGCCCAAGUCGCUGCUGCGCCACCCCGAGUGCAAGUCCUCCUUCGACGACAUGAACGACGCCACCGCCUUCAAGAGAUUGAUUCCGGAGGAAGGUCCAGCGUCACAAUGCCCUCAAAAUGUGCGCAAGCUGGCGUUCUGUUCGGGACGUGUCUACUACGAUAUGCUCAAGGAGAGGCGCGAGCGGGGACUUGAAAAGGAUAUUGCUAUUGCCAGACUGGAGCAGAUCUCGCCGUUCCCGUACGAUUUGAUCAAGGCUGAAGUGGCCAAGUACCCCAACGCGCAGCUGGUGUGGAGCCAGGAGGAGCACAAGAACAUGGGCGCCUGGAGCUACGUGGAGCCGCGCUUCCGCACUAUGCUGCAGAACCAAAAACAGAUCAGGGCAAAGUCCCAAUCGCAAGGGGGUAGUUGGCUAAGCCAACUUUUCGGCUCGUCUCAGCCAGCCCCACAAACUGACAGUAUGGAAACAGAAUCUGUGCCGAGAAUCAUUAGCUACAACGGUCGUCCAACCGCCGCUUCUCCGGCCACGGGUUCCAAGGCGGCUCACAACAAGGAGCUGAAGAAUCUUCUCGACGAAUUUUGCGUGCUAUAA